AUCAACUAAAAGUUUAUGUACUGUACCAUAGGGUAAAAGAAUAAACUUAGGACUAUCUGUGCUGUACUCAGUCAUGAGAAAAUAAAGUGUUCUAGUGUUCUGUCUGUGGUCAUUAGUCAAUCAAAUGAAAAGGUUAUCAAAAAUAGGAAUAGAAAGAACUUGGAUUAAAUCAUAAAAUUUGGAGUACUAGUACACUUAUAGUGUUUUAAUUAUUAUACAAUAAAUGGUGAAUCGUUAAGAUUUUCUUGAAAUAAAGAGGAUGGCUUCGACGGGUAGUACACCUUUUCCUAAAUGGCAGCUAGCCAUCCUACUCGGUGCUCCAUUGGCAAUCGGUUUAGGUUACCUUUAUCUAAGAAACAGAUUAGAGGACCCUGAAAAGAAAAAAGUUGCGGAGUUGAAAGCAAAGACCACGAUAUCCUUAGAUAACGAAGACACUGCGAAAGCUGCGGAAAGUGCUAUAGAACGGGCCAUGAAACUGAAGGGUGCCGGAAACCGAGCAUUUCACGCAGGCGAAUACGAUAAGGCUAUUUCUUUGUAUAACGAAGCUAUUGAGGCGUGCCCACCUGAUCGCCCCGUUGAUUUGGCUACUUUUUAUCAGAACCGGUCUGCUUGCUACGAAAAACGAGAAAUGUGGGAGCAGGUCAAGGAAGACUGUACGUUUGCACUUAAACUCAAUGAAAAAUAUGUCAAAGCGUUUUUGCGGAGGUCUCGAGCUGCUGAAAAAAGUGGCGACCUUGUGCUUGCUCUAGAAGAUGUAACAUCUGCCUGCAUUCUUGAAAGAUUCCAAGUGCAAAGUUCUUUGGUCAAUGCAGAUCGAAUUCUUAAAGCCCUCGGCCGACAACAUGCUCGCGAAGCUCUCGCUAAAAGACAACCUGUUAUGCCAUCCAAACAUUUUAUCAGGACUUAUUUUUCUGCUUUCUCUGAAGAUCCCAUUACAAAAAUGUAUGUGGAUGAUAAGGAUACUAGUGGUUUUGCAAAUGCUAAGCGUGCACUGGAUUCUCAGGAUUAUGAAUCUGUAGUUGAUGCAUGCACAUCAGAGUUAGAUGGAGAAGGAAAAUACAUGUAUGAAGCCCUACUCCUACGAGCAACAUUUUAUCUCCUACUUGGCAGACAUGACGAGGCACAGGCUGACCUUGCAAAGGUAAUUGAUAGUGAUGCACCUUCAAAAAUUAGAGUUAAUGCUCUUAUUAAGCGAGCUUCGCUGUUCACGCAACUAGAAAACACUGAACGCUGCUUGGAAGAUUUUGCCAAUGCUGCAAAGUUGGACCCUGACAACUCGGAUAUAUAUCAUCAUCGUGGUCAAGUGUAUUUGUUGUUGGAACGAAUGGACGAGGCAACUGCAGAGUUUGCAAAGGCUGUUGAGCUUAAUCCUGAUUUCUCCAUUGCUUACAUUCAAAAAUGUUAUGCAGAUUACAGACAUGCCCAAUUGCACAAAAAUAUUGGAGCUUUGACACAAGUAAGAGCAGACUUUGAGCGUGCUCUAGAGAGAUUCCCAAGAUGUACUGAAGUGUACAUUCUCUACGCUCAAGUUCUAUCGGAUCAACAGGAGUGGGGUCGUGCUGAGGCUCUGUUUGAGUCUGCAUUAGCUGUUGACCCAAAUAAUGCCACAUUAUAUGUACACAAGGGACUGGUUCAGUUGCAGAAGAGCACAGAUUUUGAGAAAGCUGUAAAACUAAUUAACAAAGCUAUUGAAAUUGAUGACAAAUGUGACUUUGCAUAUGAGACACUUGGUACAAUUGAAGUACAAAGUGGCAAUCUACGAAGGUCAUUAGAGCUAUUUGAAAAAGCUAUUGCAUUAGCUAAGACAGAACAAGAAAUGACACACUUAUUUUCUCUGAAAGAUGCUGCAGCUGCCCAGUUAAAGGUAUCAGAGCGUUGGGGUUUAGAUUGGACCGUUAGUUAGACCAUAUUCUGGUUUCAAUUCAUAUGCACAACGAGAAAACAAUCCAGCAUGGUUAUGAUACGUCCAAGUAGCUUGGCAACAUUAAAUGCUAUUUAACAAUUUUAAUUACAUACUUGUCUUCAUUAUUUUACAAAUUAGAUUAUGUGAAUAUAUUUUUAAUAACCAGAGUAGUUUGACUGUGAAAGCUGUACAAACCUGUGCUGAUAAAAAUAUGUUUAAAGAUUUUAGUAGCAUUGUGCGGCUUAGAUGUAUUUGGAUAGUAUUACUAUUUAAUAUUGGAAUUAAUUCUCGUUGUGAACUGUUUGUGCUAUAAUCAUAAAAUUUCCAGCCGCCGUCAACUCGUCGCUCAUUCUCUUUGCCUAAACAUGAACUAUGGAUAAUGAUAAUAUUGUAACUUAACAUUAUUGCAUGUGGUAUAUAUAUUUUAACAUUUUCAUUGCACAUACAAUAAGUAUGAUGAUUGUGUUAAAAGCAGCCUUCACGUAUCCACUUUUAUUUUGAGUGAAUACUAUAAUUUUGUGUUAAAUUUUUUUAUAGUCUGCAUAAAAAUAUAUAUUAUAUAAUAUCAUGUAUAUAUUUUAUGAGUAUGUAGUUUUCUAUAUUUCUAAUUCCAAUUAUAAAUUGUAGUCCUUCUAAUUUUAUGGUAUAUUGUUUUACUUCAUCUAUAGAUACAAAUUAUAUUCUUAGAUUAUAGUGGUCCAGAGAUAUUAUUUUAAAGUGUGUAAAAAUAUAUUUUCUUUUACUCAUAAAGUGGCUGUUGUCAAAACAUUAGAGUGAAAUGUGCAAUAAAAAUAUUACUUCACAUUCUGUCUGCAGAGACUUGUUUAUUAAUAUUUAUUUUCUUUUUCUAUGUUAAAAAUUAUAGUAUCAUUGCAUUAAUAAUAUAACCCUUAGAGCUGUCAAAACCUUGCUUCAAGUCAAUCAAUAAUGUCCUUAAUGUCACAGUCCUAUAAAAACCUAACAGUUUAAAAUUGCUUAAAAAUGUAUCGCUUUUAUUGUCAGGGCAUAAAAAAUAAACACAUUUACUUUUUCACUAGCAAACUAAUAGAAAUAGGCUUAGAGCCUAUUUCUGAAUCGUGAAAGAAAACAUAUAUUUCAUGGACACUCUUCGAAGACUCACUGCACAUAUUAUUAUUGAUUGAAGCUUCAACUUUCUUCGUUACCAUCUUAUCACACUUAUAUGUUAAAUUACUAUCAUUAACCAACAUGCAUUUCAAAAUGAAGCACUUUACUUCACAUUGAAGUUCUUUAAUUUUAUAAUAUAUCUUUGUAAGGUUUAGUAUGUGGCAUUUAAAUUGUAGAUUAGGUAGUUUAGAACAGAUGAAACUGAAUAUUAUUGGUUUAUAUGAAUAAAUAACAUAAUUUGUUGUUAUUUUAAAUUAAAAAGAUCAUUGACAAUAUGUGUUUGUGUGGAUUAUUUUGACAUAAUAUUAUUUUAAAAUAUGGAAAAUCCGGUAAACAAAUUUAUGAGUAUCCAAAUCAAGCAAGCAAGCAAGCAAAAUACUGAAAGGAUUAAAAUGUAAUAAAUCAGGAAUUCAAUAGAAUUAUAGUUCAAUUGCUUGGUUUAAAACUAAUAACUUUAUAUUUUCCAUUAAAGAAGAGAAAUAAUGUUUCGAUUUAUAUUUUUCCUUUGCUGGAGUAAUGAGAUAUAGUUUUGGUAGACUUUUACUAAGCAAAUCAUGUGUAUGACAAAAAAAACUUAUAACAAUUAUAUACUAUAUGAUAUUAUAUAAAGUUGGAUAUAAUUUUUUACGGCUCCUUAAUUAAUAUCUAUUUAAUGUAACUGAACAAUUUUUUUUAUGAAUACGACAUCGUUUUGGAUCAUAACUGAAUAAGGAUGGCAGUUUAGAUUUAUGGUAUAUUACGGCAUAUUAGAAGUGUUGGUCGGCAUAAUAUUAAUAUUAUAUGUGUCUAAUAAGGUACUGGGCGAGAUUAUCGAUAAAUACAGGUAUUAUGUCUGGUCAGCCAAGCUCUGUACCAGAACGUUGAAACACCUUUUAUAAUGUCUGUUAACGCUAUUGUUUAUAAAAAUGAAUCAGACUAUCUAUGUAAUUUCUGAAUAAAUUGUUGGUAUAUGGA